GUAUAAAUUCCCGUCCGCCUGCUCUCACGCACCCCGCCUCCAAAACAACCCUAGCCCUCGCAGCCGCAGCGGCGCGCACCCCUCUCCCUCCUUCCUGAAGACAGCGCCGCCGUCGGCCAGAGCACAGGAUGGCGACCGUCCCCGCUCCCGCAGCCGAGACCGCGGCCUCCACCGCGCGCACGGUGAAGGAUGUCAACCCCCACGAGUUCGUCAAGGCCUACUCCGCGCACCUCAAGCGCUCCGGCAAGAUGGAGCUUCCAGAGUGGGUUGACAUUGUCAAGACUGCAAGGUUCAAGGAGCUGCCACCUUCUGAUGCUGACUGGUACUACAUCAGGGCUGCCUCGAUGGCAAGGAAGAUCUACCUGAGGCAGGGAAUCGGGAUCGGCGGCUUCCAGAAGAUCUACGGUGGCCGUCAGAGGAACGGUUCACGCCCACCGCACUUUUGCAAGAGCAGUGGUGCUGUUUCCCGCAACAUCCUCCAGGAGUUGCAGAAGAUGGGCAUCAUUGAUGUCGACCCCAAGGGUGGAAGGCUCAUCACCUCCCAGGGAAGGCGCGAUCUGGACCAGGUUGCCGGAACUGUUCCUGCCGAAUUCUGAUCAGAUGAAGUCCCCUCUAUGCAAUCGUGUUCGGUAGUAGAAUUUGGCUACAGUUUUGAAUUAUGAUACCCUCCCUGUGUUUGUUAUGCAAGACUUCGAAGUAGAUCGAAUGCUAUUAUGGUACAAUGGUUAAUUGUCUGAGCUUUUAAAUUAUCUGCCCGCCUGGGAGAAUCUUAUGCUUGUUCUUGUGAUAAAGUUGGAUUUUUCUCCUGA